AUGACUCAAAACUCGUCAGAAAUUUAAUAUAAAUUACCCCAAAACUCAUUUUUUUAAAAUAAUUAAAUGAUGAUCAUUAUCUUAUUGGUGCUAACCUAAAUGUCUUACGGAUGUUCUGUGUUUGCAGACAACACAUUGUACAUUACAGCUACGCCUGGAGAAAAAGUUGAUAUUAAGCUUGUUGAGAUUUUUCGAAAUAAAAAUAAGAAUUAAUUCACUCUCUCUCCAUUAUCAGAACUUUACUCUAUCUCUACUCCAUUGAGUUUAAUACAACAAAGUCAAUAUAAUUUUUAAGAACCAAGAGAGGUGAUAGCUACAAAAUUAUAUAAAAGUUCAGGAUAUCUAGAUAUAACAAAUUAAAUAUCUAUUUUGAGCAAAUCACAAAAUAAAUAUUUUAUAGAAUAUAAUUCUGUAAUGUUUGAAAAUACACCAGAUAUUGAUUUCGUUUAAUAAGUAAAUCUUAAACCCGAUUCAAUUUGUUAUGAUGCACUCUAAGUAAAUUAAUUGUAUGUCAUCGAAUGUAACAAUGUGGACGGUGAUUAUUUUGCUCUUCUUAAUAAGGAUUAGGUGUAAUUCAUGACAAUUAUAAACUCUUAAAGAUAACAAAGAAAACUCGAUCAAUUAGAUAAUUUUGUUUUAAGAAGUUUAUAUUAUUCGUUAGAGUUAUAUCAAUUGCAGGAUAAUCAAUUAGUCUUAUUGAGUACUCUAAAUACGGAGUAAGUAAGAACAUUAACUAAAGAUGAUAGUUUUGAUCUUCUAAUUUUGGAUUUUUAAUUUCACACUAACUAAUAAAUUACGAUUUUGAACUCUAAAGGACAAUUUUUAUUUCUCAAAUACAUGAUCCAAUAAAAUAAAUGGGAAUUGUAUGAAUAUUUGUAAACUCCAACAACUCUUCCUUAUGCUUAUGAUUAUUCUUGGAAGUAUUUGUAACUAGUCAUCCUUUCAGAAAAAGAAGUAUACCUCCGUCAGACUUCAGCUUGGACUUAAUUAGAGAACUUAAACUUUGAACAAAAUAGCAGAGUGCGUUUGACAUAAAACAAUAUUAUUAUAUAGAAAUCAAAAACCUUACAAAUUUUCAAUUUGAAUUUAAAAGCGCGAUAAAGUGUUGAUAUCAAAACUUAAGGCUUUUUGACUUCAUAUCCAGCUGCUGAUUAAUUUUUAUUUUUUGAUCUCUAAAACUUUUAUGCUUAUACAAUAAAUCAAGAAGGGGAUUAUAUAUUGAGAUUUUAAUCCAAUUAAUUAAUUAAAGAGUAUCAAUAGUUUAGCAUCUAUUAGACAACUGGAUAUAAUGUAUGUAUAGUCUAGUGCUAUUAUAAAGUUGUUGAUAUGGCUACAAAGGCCAUUUAUUAAUAACUAACAGUUGCAAAUAGUUUUUUUAAGGGUGGUUUCGUGUUAGACCAACCAUCAUCAUUUUAAUUUACUUAACCAUUUGCUGGACAAAAUAUUAAGAUAGAGUUCACUCCUAAUUAGUUUGGGACUGUUUUAUUUAGUAGAAGCAAAAAAGUUGAAAUUCUGAAUGCAGGUGAUUCAAAGGAUGUGAUUUAUCGUAAAAUUAUCCCUGAAGUUGGAUAGACAAGUUUUAUCGAGUAAAAUAAAGAUCUACAAAUAACAGGAUAUCUAUGUGGUUUAACAGACAAAUAAUUUUAGUGUAAGACAAUUAUAUAGACACACGAAUUUGUCAAAUUAUUGGAUUCCCCUCUUCAAACAUGGUUUGCCUAGUUUUAUACCUACUUGGCAAUAGGAAAGGAGAAAAAUGUUGAACUCUAUUGUAAUUGUAAUGAUUAAUUCCAAAUAUCUCUUCUAAAAACCUUAACUUUGGAUAAUAAUGUUAAGGAAAUCAAGCAAACUCUUUAAUAUUUAUUAAUAUUGGUGGAUUAGGAAGUGCUUGUAUAUUAGAUUUAAAUUAGUAAAUAAAGGAUAGUAUUCCGCCAUUCAGCUGAAAAAAUCUUUACAUCUGGAACCUCAGAUAGAAUUUGGAUUUACGAGAAGAAAACUUUGUAUCUCUUUGAUAUUUCCGAUAAUUCCAAAUAACUUUGGUUCACUUCUUUAAAAGAUUAUGAUGACGUUGAAAUUGGAGUAACUGAGAAUCACUUUUUGUUACUAACAAAAAGAGAUAAUCAAUAUCAAGCUUUUGUUUAUGACUAUCAAUCUCUCAAAUAUGCUUAUAUUACAAAAGAAUUAGACCUUACAGGUUACACUUAAUUGAAGCUUUGUUUAGGCUGUAAUUCUAACUCCAAUUUUAUUUAUUUAGAGGCAUAAAAAAAUGGAAAUGGUGUAUUGCUUAUGUACAGAUUAGAUCAAAUUGCAAUAAAUUCAUAGUUCAUAGAAUUUUCAAUCUUAGCUAACAGCUAAAUUUCCUCUAAUGAAUAAACAUUAUUUAUUACAAAUGCUAACUCUCAGAUGCUAUAAUAAUACAUUAUUUAGAAAGAUUCAUCUUCUAUUAGCAUUGAGGUUGAUAAAAAAUAUAAACAAAUUAAGAGUUGUGAAAUUAUAAAAUUAAACGCAAAAGUAUCUACUUCUGAAAUAACCUAAGAAAUUAAGGAGGUUCCAAUUUCUGUAAUAAAUAGAGGAAUAGAUUUAUUUGUUUUAGAAAAUGAAAUGAAUUUUAAAUAUGAGAAAACUGGGGAAAAUGGUCAUUGUUUCGAUUUAGGAUAAUCUUGGUAUAGUGGUUAGGCUCUUGAUAUGGAUUUGAAAUAAGCAAAUGGAGACAUACAAUUAUAAAAGACUUUAGUUAAAUAAGAAAAUUCUAUUGAAUAUAGUGAAUCUAUUAUGCAAUAUGAUGAUCAAAAUUUGAUUUAAUUGUUUAAGAAUAAGAUUGUUUUAGUUUCUAAAGAAGACUUUAAAACUACAGAAUUAGAAUUAGAUAAUCAAUACUAAUUUAUCAAUAUUCUUUAUAUCCAAAAAGAUCUUAUCUAUGUUUAAGCUACUUAAAAUCAACAAUAUCAUAUUAAAAUAAUAUAAUAUAAAGAUUCUAAAUUUACAUUAUUACCAGGAUCACUUACUUUUAAUUAUUACAUCAAAAAAGUUAGCCCACUUAAUAAAUAUUUCUUCAUUUGGGUGGAUUUGAAAGUUUAAAUUUAUAACAUUAAUGAAGAACCUUCAAAUUUACAAAACUAUGCUUUUGUUCAAUAUAUUAACAUUCCACCUUAUGACGGUAUUAUGGAAUUUUUAUAUGUCGAAAGUAAUGAUGUUUAUUAGAUCUUGUUUUUAAAUGAGAGUUGCUUACUAAUAUUAUAAAGCUUUAAAAUAUCUUAAACCUAAAAUGGUCUUUACCAAUCUGUAAUGGAUAUUGGGAUUAUUUUAAGAGAAAAACUACUCUAUGAUCCUUAAAAUUAAAGUUGCAGAAAUUCAUACCUAGCAAACAAUGAACUUUUAGUUGUUUUUUCUGGAACUCCAUCCUAUAAAUUUGGUUUGGUUACGAAUUGCUAGGAAUAGAACAUUUGUAAUAUUAUCGAAUUAAACUUAAUAUCUGAAUACCAAUAAUAUGGCGAUUCAGUUAUAGAUAAAAAAUAUCCAAGUAGCUAUUUAAAUGAAAACAUCCUGUCCGUAAUUUAUCAAUUAGAUGAUGGUUAUGAUGUUUUACUCUAUGAUAUUAAAAGUUAAAAUAAUAAAAUUGGACCAAAAUUGGCAAUUGCCCACUUUUAAUCUAAAUCUAAAUAAAGGCCAAUAAUUUCAUUCGUUUAUGCUUCUAAAGAUUAAUUACAUUUAUUGAGUUCAGAAGAUAAUGAAAGUAAAUUACAACACUAUAUAUUAAGAACAUCUCCUUAAAUCUGCACAGAAAAGGAUUCAGUUUCAUAAAAUGUCGUGUUUUUAUUAAAAAAUUAUUAUCAAGAAUCAACUAAUAAUGUGCUAGUGAAAAUAUCACCAAAUCUGCCCCCUAAUCCACCAGAUCCAGAUCCAAAUUCUGAUGAAAAGAAAGGGUUCCCAUUAUGGGCAACUUUAACUAUUAUUGGUGGUGUUAUUCUAUUAGGUGGAAUCGGAAUCACAGUUUGGUAUUGUAAGAAAAAGAAGGUAUCUGAUGAUUAGUAUGAAACGAUGCCAUGA